UUGAUGGCCUAGAGUUACCAAAGGGAGCCCCCUCCAAUGCAAGCAAAUCGAUCCCAGCUUUCGGCUUCGAGCGCGAAAAGUGGCAUGCAACGUAUGUCAAAUCCCAGCAAUGACAUUGCUGAGCAAUGUACCAGUCCCAUGAAAAUGAGAAGAAAAGGUGUUACAAUGCAAGGGUUCUGGAAGUAGAGAAAGGAAGCUUCACGCCGUUAGUUUUCUCAACAUCUGGUGGAAUGGGUGGUGAAGCUGAAAGACUAGUAAAGAAGCUUGCUAGCAAGAUGGAAUACCACAUAGGGCAAAGGUAUUCAGAUGCUGUUGGAUAAUUAGAAAGCGCCUUCGUUUCGAAAUCCUAAGAACAACAGUGAUUUCUCUACGGGGGGACAGAGGUGCAAGAAAGAACUUUGUUGAUAUAAACAGUUUAGAUUUGAAUUUGGAGCCACAAGGCAAAGGUUGAUAUUCAAAUUUUUCUCCCAAUAUUUGAGAUAGGGAAAAUAUUGAUUUUUUGAAAGGUUGUUUUUAUAUAGGGUCAUUGUGACAAUUAUGUGUAUAUUGUUUGAAUAAUUUACAUCUAAUCUAAAAAUAUUUUACCAUUGUUGUAAAUGUAAAUGUAUGUAUGGUUUAAUCUUUCCUGUUUAAGCUAUUUAGUCGGACUAAAUAGAUUCCACGUUUAUAGUGCUGAGGAAGAUUAUUGCCCAGUAAACAUGACUUCAUCUCAUUCAACCUCAUUUCCACCGGUAUUUGUCUAGAUGAUCCAGUUUAAAAGUGAAUAACGUCAAUGAGCCCAUGGAUAUCUCAACCGACUGCUUCAGCCAUCAGCGGAUACGUUAUGUGCCUUUAUAACCAAGACCCAUUUUCGUCUUUUCACGUAUCUAAGCUUCUGUACUGGUGGUGUUUGGAGUGCUUUCGAAUUAUGCAGUGGUGUAACCUAGUAAUAAAAUUAAAACAUAAUCGAGUUAAGUUCCUCAUAAUGAUAUUUCAUGACCUAGAAAUAAAGAGAGAAAUAAGGAAAUUCAGAAUGGUCGAAAGAGGGAGACUAUCAAUCGUUUGUAUCAAUCCUUUUGACCUAUUUCGUCAUUGUUUAACUCAAUCAAUAAGAAAGGUAUUCAAUACAUUUAAUUACAGGAAUGAGUUACGGUGAAUGGAAAUCACCAAUUACAUUGGAUGUUGUAACACCUGAUGCAACUGAGAUUUCCACUGCAGCAAUAGACAGGGUGACAGGAAAGUUAUUUUGGAGAUCAAAGAAACCAACCGGCCAAUUUGUUGUUAGCACUGGUGAAAGUGCAAGCUCGGCUAUUGAGUGGACCCCUGAAAGUUUUAGUGUUGUAAGCAGAGUACAUGAGUAUGGCGGAGGUGCAUUCUUUGUCCACAAUGAGGAACUUUUCUUUGUCAAUAAAUCUGAUCAGCGGAUCUACAAGCAAAGUGCCCCUGAUGCUACCCCAGUACCUGUAACAGCAGAUUUUGGUGAUGGUAAGGUACGCUAUGCUGAAGGUCAUAUCAACACUUUCAUUGAUAAAAUUGUUUGUGUCCGAGAAGAUCACCGAGUUGAAGGUAAGGAAUGUAUCAAUACCAUUGUUGCCAUAGAUCUGUUGACUGGCAGCCAAAAUGUAUUGGUGGAGGGUGCUGAUUUCUACAAAAGUGUUGAUACUUUCGAAAAUAAAAUCAUAUUUGUUUCCUGGAACCAUCCAAAUAUGCCCUGGGAUGAUACACAGAUGAGUGUUGGGGAAUUGGUGAUGGAGGGAAGCGUUGCUUCAGCUAAAAAUGUUAAGAUUGUAUCAACUGGUGCAUCUCAUUUGCAGAGUAGGUUCAUUAACAAAGAUGAAUAUCUGUACCUUAGUGACAGAACCGAUUUUUGGAAUGUAUGGAAGUCAUCUGAUGAAACCAAGCCCUGGUAUAAGAGCAACAAUGAACCAGGGUUCCCUUUUGGUUGGUGUUUUGGAUAUCCUGGAUAUGGUAUAACUAAUGAUGGAAUUGUUAUUGGAGCAAAGUCAAAAGAUGGCAUGGAUAAUUUUCUGUUUGUUGAUAUUGAUAAUCCUCAGACAAUCUUAAAAGAUCUGGGUCAAUUGAUCAGGAGCAAAGGCUACUCAUUUGGAACAUUUACCAAUGUUCUUUGUCAUGGCCAUUAUGUUUAUGCCCUUGGUAUUGAUGACCCUGCUAAUCCUCUCACUCUUCUUCGAGUAUCAUUGAAGGAUGAUUCUGUUUACAUUUACAAUAAUGAGUCAGCUGAAAAAGAGUUGAUGCCAUACAUAUCCUACGCAGAGUCAGUUGAGUUCCCAACUACCGACAAAAAUAUGAAUGCUUAUGGCUUUCUUUAUAGACCAAAAAAUCCUGAUUUCAGUCCAGAUGAAAAAGAAAAGCCACCUCUUCUCUUACGUGUUCAUGGUGGUCCAACUGGAAUGGCAAUGAGAAGUUUAAGUAUGAAAACACAAUAUUUCACUUCAAGAGGAUUUGCUGUCUUUGAUCUCGACUACAGAGGUAGUUCUGGAUAUGGGAGGGCUUUUAGACAAGCUCUUUAUGGUAAAUGGGGAGUGUAUGACAUAGAAGAUGCCAUUUCUGCAGCCCAGCAUCUAGUAAAUGAAGGGAUAGUUGAUGGAAACAGAUUGAGUAUUGAUGGAGGAAGUGCAGGAGGCUACACAACCAUGGCUAUGAUGGUCUUCAAAAAAUACUUCCAUGCUGGAGUUUCUUACUACGGAGUUUCUGAUCUCUUAGGAUUAGCAAAGCAUACCCAUAAAUUCGAGUCUCAAUAUCUGACCAAGAUGAUAGGAAAACUCCCUGAAGAUGAAAAGAUCUACAAAGAAAGAUCACCUUUGUGCCAUGCUAGCCAGCUGCAAUGUCCUAUUGGGUUCUUCCAAGGUUCAGAUGAUUUUGUGUGCCCUCCACCACAGUCUAAAGAGUUGUACAAUGCUGCCCUGGAAAAUAGAGUUCCUACAUUUUAUGUGGAGUAUGAGGGCGAGGCUCACGGAUUUAGAAAAGCUGUAAAUAUACAAAGGUGCAUUUCAAAUGAGAUUUAUUUCUACUCUAAAAUAUUUGGCUUCAAACUGGCUGAUGAAACAAAGAAUCCACCACCAAUAAAGAACUUGCCUGAUCAAAGUUAAAGAAUAUUCCUAGCUGUGCUAAUUGUAAGAGAUUGUAUGAUAUAGCAGUUUAAGGAUACCUAUUAUAUUGCUAUCUUAGUCAUUGAUUAUAUUAUCAUUGUUUCAUAUUGAUUCAUAUUGAUUGUUAUGUUAAAUUUGGUUAAAAUUCUGUUUAAAUACUGUCUAUUAGUAUUUAUUUUAAUUUUUGUGUAUAAUUAUGAAUACUAUUAAGAAAAAUAUCAAUCC